AUGAAGCUCCAAUAUUUGAUCAGUAUCGUCGCUCUUGCUUUGACCGCGCAGGCAAGUAGCAACAGUACCAACGUUUCUAGCACUCAUUGGAGAGACACUGCCUUGAGACACCAUCCACGCAGUUGGUUGAAUGCCACGGCUAAGGAUGUAUCGAAGAUUGAUAAACGAAAUGCGACUGUCUUCCACGGCCUUAAUAACACUAUCACAACGGCGCUGGAGGAUGGCACUGGAAUGACGAAUUUGAUUGAUUGA